AUGUCUUUGCAAAAGGAAGACGUUUACGAAACGGAAGAUCUGCCAGAGGUUGAUCAGUAUGUACGACAGGAAGAAGCUUACGAGUCGGAAGACGUUCAGAAGAUACAUAUCGAUGUAGAUUCUGCACUGAAACGCUUUCAAGGACGUCUGUUGGAUGCUAAUACUGUUGAUUUCUCUGACUCAAUAGACAGACGACGGCGGGUAGGGUAUGGGAGCGGUGCGUAUGUUCUCGAAGUAGUAGGGCCCGAAUCUGGCGAAUCGGAGACUUUAAGGCAGAAAUUUAGCCGUUUAAGUUUUGAGUUAAACGAUCUUUUGGAGACUUUACAGAAGCAGGAGAAAGAAGGAGGUCGUGAAGGUAGUGAGGGUAUUGAUUAUAAUGAUGUUGUGUCUAUGUUGGCAACUUUGAAAGCAUGUCAAGCAGGAAGUAAGCCAACGUGCAAUGUGGUGCCGAAAGAGCCAAGCUUACGAGCCCCUUCCCAGACUAUAUUAGACGAGAAUCGUUUUUUGAACCUGGAAGAACGUUUAAGACGUGUAGAGGUUUUCGUUGGAGGAGCAGACGCUGCAGAUGAUUUUUCGAAAACGGAAGCUCGUACAGGUUUAGCUGAAAUUAUGGAGGAUCUCCGAAUGCGGGUACAAAUGCUCAAUCCGAGCAAUGCAGAUGGAAUUCAUGCGCGGUUAAAUCAAGUUUUAGCAAAAUUACGAGAAGUAGAUGAAAGAAAGAGGGAUAAGGUGGAUUCAGAGUUUGAACAAAAAGUUGAUUCAUUGUACACCCUAAUGAUGAAAUGGGAUGAAGUGUGUACAAAUCUUCCUUCUGUGGUGCAGCGAGUUUGCGACUUAAAUAGACUCCAUGAGCAGGCUCAGCUAUUCAACAAAAAUCUGUCAGAAUUGGUUGGAGUUCGUGCACAACUACUGAAGUUAAUUGAUGGUGAAAGGUUAACAGUUUUAGACUUUAAACAACAAAUGGCAGAAGCGAUUGGUAAAGUAUCGGUGGAUAUUGAUAAAUUAAACAGUCGACUAGAAAAGUUGAAAAGUUAA